GGCUCAACUCAAUAAAAUUUGAGAGAAGAAAUCUCGUUUUAACUAUUUGUUUUGCCGUGAUAUUCAAGAGGAGUUAAAGACAAACUCUAUUCUUCGGGAGUUGGCUCAAGUACUCCUUGGCUUGUUCUUAUUUCAACAAUGGCUAAGAAAUCUGUGAAGUACUAUGUGGUUGACGCAUUCACUGAUUCAGCGUUUAAGGGAAACCCUGCAGCAGUGUGUUUCUUAGAAGAGGAGAGGGAUGAAGAGUGGUUGCAAGCUGUUGCCACCGAGUUCAAUGUCCCUGUCACCUGUUACUUAACUCGCAUUGCCGAGUCCCAUCACAACCUUAACUCGUUCCGUGGAACCUCUAACAUUCCACGUUUUCACCUCAGAUGGUUUACUCAUACUAAUGAGGUUAAACUUUGUGGCCAUGCCACGUUAGCGGCUGCACACACACUAUUUUCGUAUGGUUUGGUGAAUUUCAAUAUUAUUGAGUUUUUUACUGCAUCUGGGGUACUAACUACCAAAAAGAUCCCACCGAUCAAUAACUGUACCAGUGGCUCAAACUUGCAAAAUGGGGUGGCUCGGGAUGGAUUUUAUAUUGAGUUAGAUCUUCCUGCUCACCCUAUCAUAGAAUUCAACUGUGAUGAGUCUUCACAAAUUUCCGGGGCAUUGAAUGGUGCUUCCAUUGUUGAUAUAAAGAGGACACUAAUUGGAGAUGACAUACUUGUUGUUGUCACAUCUGGAGAAAAUGUGACAGAAGUACAGCCACAAUUUGAUGCAAUAAGUAAAUGUCCUGGAAGGGGGAUCAUUGUUUCGGGGAUUGCUCCUCCAGGGUCCGGAUUUGACUUCUAUAGUCGAUUCUUCUGCCCGAAAGAUGGAGUCAAUGAGGAUCAUGUGUGUGGGAGUGCACAUUGUGCCUUGGCAUCCUACUGGAGCAAGAAGCUGGGGAAGUGUGAUUUCAAUGCUUAUCAGGCAUCACCCAGAGGGGGAAUUCUCAAUAUUCAUCUUGAUGAGCAAAACAAAAGAGUGCUUUUGCGUGGGAAGGCAGUUAUAAUGAUGGAAGGGUGUGUUCUGGUUUAGUCCUGUUCCUAGCACUGAAGAAUAUGAAGUUGUGAACUGUCUUGGUUGAUACUAUAGCAUAUAAACAAAGUGACGUGUAAACACUAUUUUGUCUCUGUCUUUUUGUUUUUUCUUUAUUUUUUGGGUCUUGAAUCAUUGGAUGCUGGACUUGUACCCCUGGUUUGAAUAUUUUAGGCAUAUUUUCGUUGGGGUUUCAUUAUGGACCCUCUACUUAGUUGGGGAAGGAGCUCAAAGCUACUAUAAACAAAUAAAGUUGUUGGAUUCUUGUCUCCAUGUUUGGAAAACAAUAAUGAUAUACAGGAGGAAAAUUGUGUGAAAUAGCAA